AUGCUAUUUCGGAAGAAUCGAGGGGGGUGUCAAUGUACUUUACCCAAUAUCUGAUCUGAAAGAAAUACUGGCAGUAAGCAACUACCCAUAGGGAAAACUCUUGAAUCGGAGGGAGCCAAAUCGGAAGCAAAUAGAAAUGGCGUCGGUGGUGAGGAACGCGUUGAACGCCAUCAGGGAGAGAGGCAUCGGAAGCUUCGUUAGGGAGCUCAGAGACGAAGGAUAUUUGAAAUGCUUAUUUGAUGGAAACCUUUUGCAAACCAAGAUUCACAACAUAGGUGCAACGCUUGUGGGUGUUGAUAAAUUUGGCAAUAAAUAUUAUCAAAAACUUGGAGACACUCAAUAUGGCAGACAUAGGUGGGUGGAAUAUGCGUCAAAGGGCCGCUACAAUGCUUCACAGGUGCCCCCGGAAUGGCAUGGUUGGCUUCACUUCAUCACAGAUCACACAGGAGAUGAGCUUCUGAUGCUGAAGCCAAAGAGGUACGGCGCAGAACACAAGGAGAACUUAUCCGGAGAGGGGGAUGAGUACAUCUAUCAUUCCAAGGGACACAGCUUGAAUCCUGGGCAGAGAGACUGGACCAGAUAUCGCCCCUGGGAGCCUGCAACCAAGGCCUAACUGUUUCCUUCUUCAAAUUGAGCUCCCAAAGAAGCUGGGAAUUUUCUGGAUACGUUGAUCCUGUUUUUCAUAAAUAAAAUCGUUUCUAAUAUGCAGCGGUUUGUUACAUUGCGGCCAGUUGGGUAAAACAGUGACUUCAUUAUCAUUCAGUGAACAGUCGUCCGACGUGCACUAUCCGUGGCUGGUUCCUCAUGCUCGCCAUUUGUAUGUUGUAUUUGACUUCCAAGUCUAAGGGAGUUUCCUUGGCCAUUUAUUUUCCGUAUCAUAUUAAAGCUAUUUGUGUUGUGGUUGA